AUGUCAAAGGUGUCAGACGGGGCGACCCGUCAUUCCGGAACUCGCCGCGAGAUGCUACAGCGCGAUCGGCAACUACGUCAGAAAAAUAUCGAAGCCGAGAACCACUCUUUGGUGCGACGGCUUCUCGCUGUUAAAAGCAGCCUGGAUUCGCAAAGCUUCGAGAAAGACUACCGCAGGCACCGGCAGGAUGUCGGCCGGCUCCAGCAGCUUCCGGAGAAGAAUUCCAAGCCGAGGAAAUUGCCGAAGCUGCCGGAGAAGGUGCUUCCGGAGCUGCCUAAGGAAGAGUACUCGCCGAAGAGUUCUUGCACUGGAUACAGGCCCGCGCGCCAAGCGCUGCCGCUGCCUCCGCGCAUGUCCGAAAGCCGAUCUAUGCCGAGUCUCUCCACCGAGGCCCCUCCGGCAGAAGUUGCGCAGAGAAGAGCCAAGCCCGAAAAGCCUCAGGAGUCAGAGUCAGAGCCCCCGCGGCUUGCAGAGAGCAAGAAUCCGCGGGCACAACUGGAGGAGAAGACUGCACCUGUCGCAGCAGCUGAGCCGAGUGAGGCAAGGCAUGGCAAGGCAGAGGUGAAAGCAGAGUCGUGCCAGGCCUUUGCUUGCGAGCAGGACGCUGCAGCGGCAGACGCUGUCGGGGAGGAAGUGGCUGCAGAUUCGCAACCAAGCGCACCGCCGGGGGAGGGCGAUGCAGUGCUUGGCCCUGGAGAGAAUCAGCAUGAGCUAGCCCAAGCCGCGGAUGAUCUGGUCAGCCAAUUAACGGCGGAUGCCCUGGCCUCGCUGGAGUUCAGCGACGCCAAAUCAUUUCUGUCCGAUACCAUGCGCAGCUGGAGCACCAUGCAUAUCUCAAGUGACAUCGAGGCAUUUUGCGACUGA